AUGAAGAUAGCAUUAUUUCUUGCACUGGCUGCAAUUGUGGCAGCACUGCGUGCUGCAGUUGAUGUCGCGUCACGGGCCACGGUAUCGAAGGUUGAUGGGCUCAAGUUCAAUAUUGACGGGGUGACAAAGUACUUCAGCGGAACCAACGCUUACUGGAUGCCUUUCUUGACCAACGACAGCGAUGUAGACAGUAUCAUGGGCCACCUUGCAAAUUCUGGUCAGCGCAUACUGCGUAUAUGGGGAUUUAACGACGUGGAAACUAUUCCUAGCGCAGGCACCAUAUACUUCCAGUCCUUCUCUGCGUACUUUUCCGCCUGCGGCGUCAUCUUGCAUGUGCAAUGGUACACGUCGGCCAAAUGUCAGGCUAUGUACCAAGCCUACAUCGAAGCCGUCAUAUCUCGCUACCGCACCUCGAAUGCCGUGUUUGCAUGGGAACUAGCCAACGAGCCGCGCUGCACCCUGUGUCCAACGUCAGUGCUGACAGAUUGGGUCCGCAAAACGAGCGAUUACAUCCGCUCGCUCGACUCGGACCACAUGAUCGCCAUUGGCGAUGAAGGCUUUGGCCUCACGGGCGGCAUUUCCUUCCCUUACCUAUUCCUCCAAGGCUUAGAUUGGGAGACUAACCUUGCCCUCCCCAACAUCUCCUUUGGCACAUUUCACUUCUACCCCGAUAGUUUUCUCGUUGGCAAUGCUGCUGGUGAUGGUUGGAUCGAAGCGCAUGCCAGGAUCUGUCAGCGGCUCAACAAGCCUUGUCUGUUUGAAGAAUACGGUGUCAAGAAUAAGGCGGACCAUUGCCCUGUUGAAGGUAACUGGCAGAAGACAAGCUUGGGCUUGAAGGACCAGGGUAUGGCUGUGGACCUAUUUUGGCAGUUAGGGGACACAAUCGUGAGCGAGGGGCGGUUGACGCAUGACGAUGGGUUCACGAUUUAUUAUGGAAGUGAGGAUUGGAAAUGUUUGGUUGACGAACAUGUCAAGGCUAUCGGAUAG